AUGUCUGCGUCACUUGCGCCAGAGUGCAACGAAGUCAAGGAACGCUAUGACACAUGCUUCUUGAAGUGGUACAGUGAGAAAUACCUCAGAGGCUCUGAUCGCGAGAAUCAAGAUUGUGCCGAGCUUUUCAAAAACUACCAGAGCUGCCUCAAGGUGGCUCUCAACGAAAGAGGAAUCAACAAGCUCGUUGAGGAAGCUCGAGAGGACAAUAAAGACAAUGAUGUCCGGUUACUGAGCCCUCCAAAAAAGUAA